GACAAGUCGCAGAGUAGAGAAAAUAUGGAUCUCUUAGAGAAAGAUAGAGAGGGGAAUCGUCAUUUUGGCCUAACAUGGGAUGUGUUUGCUCAAGAGGUGAAAGAUGCGAGCUACGUUGGGGGGCCUAUGGUGGCCGUGAAUUGGUCACUCUUCUUUCUGCAAAUUAUUUCAUUGAUGAUGGUGGGUCACUUGGGUAAGCUUGCUCUCUCAAGCACUGCCAUUGCUAUUUCUCUCUGUGCUGUCUCUGGCUUCAGCGUCAUCUUUGGACUGUCAUGUGCACUGGAGACUCUCUGUGGGCACGCCUAUGGAGCUCAGAAAUAUCGAAAAUUUGGUGUUCAAAUUCACACUGCUAUCUUCUGUCUUACUUUAUCUUGUUUCCCUCUGGGUCUUUUGUGGAUGUUCUUGGGCAAGCUGCUUGUUUUCCUUGGUCAAAACCCUUUGAUUUCACAUGAAGCAGGCAAAUUUGCAGUAUGCCUCAUUCCUGCUCUCUUUGGUUAUGCAACACUUCAGGCACUAAUUCGAUUCUUUAUGAUGCAGAGUUUGAUCAUCCCCCUUUUCAUAAGUUCCUUAAUUAUUCUUUGCUUCCACAUAUCUUUCUGCUGGGUACUUGUUUUUAAAUUUGAAAUUGGUUGCAUAGGAGCAGCAUUUGCUAUUGGUUCUUCAUAUUGGUUGAAUGUAAUAUUACUUGGAUUGUAUAUGAAAUUCUCUUGUUCAUGUGCGAAAACCCGGGUUCCAAUUUCUAAGGAGCUUUUCCAAGGGAUUAGGGAGUUCUUUGGCCUUGCUAUUCCUUCAGCUGCAAUGGUUUGCCUUGAAUGGUGGUCAUUUGAGCUGCUUACCUUGAUUUCCGGUCUUCUACCGAAUCCAGAGCUUGAAACUUCAAUCUUAUCCAUAUGUGUAUCAAUCACCACAACACUCUACACAAUACCAGAGGCAAUUGGCUCAGCAGCAAGCACUAGAGUGUCGAAUGCAUUAGGAGCUGGAAGUCCACAGGUGGCACGUGUAGCCGUUCUUGCUGCUAUGUUUCUGACCUCUUCUGAGGCCAUUUUGAUGAGCGCAAUCCUGUUUGCCAGCAAACAUGUUUUAGGCUAUGUUUUCAGCAACGAGGGGGAUGUGGUGGACUAUGUCACCAAUAUGGUUCCCCUUUUAUGUCUGUCUGUUCUAAUGGACUCCAUGCAUGGUACCCUUUCAGGCAUUGCUAGGGGAAUUGGUUGGCAGCACUUAGGCGCGUGGGUGAAUCUUGGAGUUUAUUAUGUUCUUGGCAUUCCAAUUGCUGCAACCUUGGGUUUCUGGGUAGGCUUGAGAGCAAAAGGCCUUUGGAUUGGAAUAACAAUUGGUUCAAUAUGCCAAGUGACUCUGCUAUCUAUCGUAACAAGUUGCGCAGAUUGGAGAAAAGAGGCAAUAAAUGCAAGGGAGAGGGUUUUUCAGCAAAGAUUGUCAGCAGAAAAUGAAUCAAAUUGAGAAAUUAGGGCGUGUUACCUGAAGUUGUGAAAUUUUUGGUUGGCAUUGGUAAAGCUUCUGUCUAUAAUUUCAGGAACAAGGCAUCAAGUUUCGCUCUACUCAAGGAAGGAAAAUUUUUUAGAAUGAGUGGCAGUUACCCUCUAGAAACAACUGGGAAAAUAAGCGGUACCAUUUGAUCAAAUAAUAUGGCGUCCUCAAGUUUUUAUGAGUCAAAGAACAUAUGCUAUCCUAAACUUUGGCAUAGUGUAACUUUCCUUUUAACAUUUGAAAAUAAUGCAUUUAGUACCUUGUCAAUA